GCCAGUUCUUACUGGGCCUUGUCUUGGCUAGGUCACUCUUACUCUCGGUUUUCCCCGUUUGCACUCUCGCCUUCGUUUUUCCGUCAGUCUUUCCGUGCGACGCGGAAGAUUAACACGUCUGCGACGUCUGGUAAUAGUGACGUGAAGUUGUACAAACAUUAGGUGCAUCAGUGUGCGCCAGUCAGAAGUGCCAUAGGAAUCUAAAGUCUAACUUUGACAUCGUAGAUCCUUAUAAAUCGUCAAAACUUGUGCUUGUGCGUCAUUACGCGUCAUUGCGCUAUCAAAUAUUACUUCAUUAUUCGUCCGUCGACACUUGUCGACACAAAUUUUGCGUUAGAACUGUGAAUUGCUCUAAAUCCACCGCGACAUUGUUUCUCAAGGCUUCGCUCUCAAAUUCACAAAUUCUGAGAUUUAACUGCUUGUGAUUGGCGUAAUUCGCCAAUCGAUGCGGUGCUUCUCAAAAUUUUCGAAACUUAGAGAGUUUGGAGAAUAUAUAAUAAACAAACUUUUAUGACACUUUGAGUACUGACCGAAGGUCAAUCAUGUCAUAUCGGAAUCAAGAUGUGUAUCUUUUAAGAACAGCUGAGAAUCCGUGAGGAACAAAGAAGAGGACCGUGUGUUACAAGCAGCUUUAUCAGUGAUCACGAGCUGCACAAAGUUGAUUCAACAAUUCAUUCGUAAUUGUAAUUGAUUUUAUAAUUUUAUGCUUCGACCGAAUAAAGUAUUAUUAAAAAGUAGACUGGAAUGUUUAAAAAGCUGAGCAAACAAGCACACAUACAAGAAUAGACCACUGUAAAGUAAGCAGUUGCAAAAUAGACGAUAAACGAAAAAUAAUCUGUUGAACCAUUCAGCCAUACUAUUCAAGAGCAAAUUACUGAAAAGCAUAAUCGUCGGAAAAAUUUCCACAAGAAGUAUCUUCCAAGAAGAUAUGUUCGGAAACAUUGACACAAGUGAAAUAUAUGAAUUAAUUUAUGUGCACACAAAGAAAAAUCUAAGUAUAUGUGAAUAAACACGGAUAUGAGUGACAUAACCAAAGAACAACGAUGCGGCUGAUUUGAAUAAAGAGGAAGAAAUAUUACGCAGAGAUAAGUGCUCGAUAGUGAUCGAAGUGAUCCCAAUUAUACAGUCUUAUUCUUAGACUAUAUUCUGCUCAAGGAAGCAAGAAAUCACGUCGACGUCGAUAUUGCAAAGAUGGAAAGCGCGAACUCAUCGAAUAUCCUGAUGGAGCUGAAGACCCGACGACAGCAGUUCCAAACGCAAACAUCCACCUUGGAUACGCGAAGAAGGCAGGCGGUUUGCGUGAGGCGUGCUUUCAAGAAGUACGGCUCCAAGAACAAUCCGAACGUCAUUCUCGAUGGCUUGAAUAUGACUGUACCGAAAGGCACGAUUUAUGGACUGCUCGGUGCGAGCGGUUGCGGCAAGACCACUUUAUUGUCAUGCAUCGUCGGCCGCAGACGAUUAAAUUCCGGCGAAAUCUGGGUCCUGGGUGGCCGGCCGGGGUCCAAGGGAUCCGGCGUGCCUGGACCCCGAGUUGGCUACAUGCCGCAGGAGAUCGCCCUGUACGGCGAGUUCUCCAUCAGGGAGACAUUCAUCUACUUUGGCUGGUGCGCCGGCAUGACGACCGACCAGGUGGACGAGAAACUGGAGUUUCUUAUCAAGUUUUUGCAACUGCCCUCCGAAAAUCGUUUCGUCAAGAAUCUGUCGGGCGGCCAGCAAAGGCGAGUGUCCUUUGCUGCGGCUCUCUUAGCCGAUCCCGAGCUUUUGAUUUUGGACGAACCGACCGUCGGUGUGGACCCCGUUCUACGGCAGAGCAUCUGGGAUCACUUGGUGCACAUCACCAAGGAUGGCAACAAGACCAUUAUUAUUACCACUCACUACAUCGAGGAAACAAGGCAAGCCGGAAUAAUCGGUCUGAUGAGAAGCGGCAAGUUUCUCGCGGAAGAAUCGCCGACGAAGCUGAUGGAAAUGCAUCGUCUCGAUACGCUGGAGGACGUUUUUCUGAAACUGAGCAGGAAGCAGAAUCUGGGCUUGCGUCGAAGAAGCAGUAUUCUGAGCAGUAUAACAGGCGUACCGCCAGAAAAUGACGUGGACGAUGAGAUGAGUGGUGAAUUUGGCGACAACGUGAGCAUUUCUAGUCGAAGAAGAAGUGUGGCCAUUACGGAUGACGGCAAUAUGCCAGAAUUGCCGCCGGAGGAGGAAGGUUCUUCCAACUUUAUGCUCAACCCGAUGCACAUGAAAGCUCUUAUCUGGAAGAAUUUCCUGUGGAUGUGGCGAAAUUUCGGAAUGAUGGCGUUUAUCGUCGGUCUACCGGUGGCUCAAAUUAUCCUCUUCUGUUUGUCCAUCGGUAGAGACCCAGUAGGCCUUCGAUUGGCCGUGGUCAAUAAUGAGUUAAACAAGAGUGGGAUCAUGGAAUCGUGCAUACCCACGACCGGAUGCGACUGGUCGCUACUGAGUUGUCGAUACCUUCAGUAUCUGAAGGAAAGAACUUUAGUGUUGUUACCUUAUAACAACGAUGAAGAAGCCAGAGUUGCCGUGGAGAAAGGUUUAGCGUGGGCCACUUUAACAUUCUCCUCGAAUUACUCAAGUUCUCUCAUGGCUAGGGUAGACGAUGGCAGGAAUGUAGCAGACUGGGAUUUGGAAUCUUCUGAAAUGAAAGUCGUCAUGGACAUGUCCAACCAACAGAUAGGCCAGUUACUACAAAGAGACUUGCUUUACGCAUAUCAAAACUUUGCAAGAGACAUCACUGUGGCUUGCAAUUACAGCGAGAAAUUGACAAGCAUACCCAUAAAUUUUGAGACACCGAUCUAUGGACCCCUAAACCCUAAUUUCACGGAUUUUGCAGCCCCUGGAAUAGUUCUAACAAUUAUCUUCUUUCUUUCGGUCGCCUUGACAUCAGGUUCCAUGUUGCUGGAAAGGAACGAGGGUCUAUUAGAAAGAAGUCUCGUAUCAGGCCUCACUGGCACGGAGAUUCUUUUCGGCCAAGUGAUUACGCAGUUCAUGGUGAUGUUUGGGCAGACAGUGGUAUCUCUCAUCGUCUGCUUUCUGAUCUUUAAGGUCACCUGCGAGGGUGAUAUCGGUUGGAUCAUCACGUUAACCGUCCUUACAGGACUUUGCGGCAUGUGCUUCGGAUUCGUUAUCGCCUGCUUCUGCGACAACGAGAGAAACGCUACAUACUUGGCGAUGGGAUCCUUUCUUCCCAUCGUGAUGCUCUGCGGCAUCAUCUGGCCAAUCGAGGGCAUACACCCCGUUCUCAAAUACAUUAGCUUCCUAUUACCGUUAACAAAGAGCACGGAGUCGAUGAGGGCGAUAUUGGCUAGAGGCUGGCCGAUUUCGGAACCGGUCGUCUAUUAUGGUUUUAUCGCCACGUUCAUUUGGAUCAGCAUCUUCAUGACCCUGGCGAUACUGCUGCUCAAAUUCAAGAAGGAUUGAUUCGGGAAUGGGAAAGGGUAAUUUUACGAGUAUAUAUAUAAAGAGAAUCAACCAGACGUCUCUUUGCGUAAAUUGCGUAUGUAAUAUAUAUAAUAAGGUUAGAUUUCCAAAUUGUACCUUAGCGAUUGUUUUAUAAUAAUAAUAUUUAAUAAAGGCAAGAAGUUCUGGAUUUA